UUGAACUGCACGUGUAUGGAAGGAUUUUCAGGAGAAUGUAACUCGUGCCAAGGCUGUGUAAAAGCAAAUUGGUGGGUAUCUUUCAACAAACAAGGAUGGUCAACUUGUGACAAAACAAACCAGUUUAUCACUGGCUUAUAUCUCAGUGCAUUAAGUGCCAACAAUGAUGGACUUUACCGUCUUGAAGAAGCCAAAUGCUGCAAAUCUAGUCCAAUAUAUAUUUGGCAGAAAAGUAUUUGCCGAAAUGCUAACUGGCGGGACUCUUUGAAAAAAAAAGGAUGGAGUGCUUGUUCGAUUGGAUAUUUUCUAAAUGGUCUCUAUCGCACAAACGGACAACACUUACACAACCUCGAAGAGGGAAAAUGUUGCAAACCAGUCAAUCAUCCCGACAAUUAUGGUGAUUGUUACUAUGAAAAUAUCAAAAAUGAUUUCAACAAAAAAGGAUGGGCAUUGUGUAAAAAAGAUGGCUACUACGUCACUGGGUUAAGACGAGAUUGUGGUGAUUGGCUAAAGGACAUUGACAGUUUUAAAUGCUGUAAAAUGUGGAGUGUUGGAGUUUGUGAUCAUAGUCCUUGUAAGAAUGGUGGUUCGUGUGUUGUUGAUGGUAGUUCAUACAAAUGUACAUGCCCUCCAGACUUUAUUGGUAUUAACUGUGAAACAAAGUUACCACUAUCAUCUUGCGACUCACGUCUUUGUAAAACAAUGGUAUUUGUACAAUUAAUGGAGAUGCAUUCUCGUGUGAAUGUGCUAUUGGCUUUGAAGGCAACACUCGAAGGUUAG